AUGAGGAGACACAAUUCUUAUAUGAGUGCCAUCAAUCACUCCCACAACACCGGGAAACUGAGUUACUUGCAUGAACUCUGCCUGUUUUUGCUGCACUUCACGCUGGGUGUGAGGGAAAGCCACGAACUGGCAGAUUACUUCUGGGUCAGCCAGUGCAUCAAUUUGAACAUACGUUUUAACCCAGCGGGUGCUGUAAACAGUACGUUGGCGGUUCACACCAGUUCAGAAAUUACCAAGGCAUCCAGUCUCCCAGCAAGUGCCAAGAGGCAUUCAUUCAAUGCUCCGCUGACACCAAUUUGCCCAAAGCCUCAGCCCCAGCCCCAGCCUUUUCAUCCCAGCCUCUCCCAGUGCAUCCUAGCCUCUCCCAGUCCAUCCCAGCCUCUCUCAGUGCAUUCCAGCCUCUCCCAGUCCAUCCCAGCCUCUCCCAGUCCAUCCCAGCCUCUCUCAGUGCAUUCCAGCCUCUCCCAGUCCAUCCCAGCCUCUCCCAGUGAUAAUAAAGCAAUUUGGAUUUAGGAGAGGGAGAUUGUGUGUUACAAACUUACUGAGUUACACUUAGAUCUAUAGAAAACUGUUAUCAAA